AAAGUUGAAAUAUUUGCUUUACUAUAUUUUACUACUACUAUAUAAAGGAAAUGAAAAAUUGAAAAUAAAUAACAUUAUUUGAAUGAAACUCCAGGUGGAGAGAGAGCCAAAAAGAGAUAAAAAUCCAUGAUUGGGGGAUUACCGGAUGCAUUAGGACCGGUUAGAGUCAAAGGAGAGAGGCAGACCAAACAUAAUGGGGUUUGCGGAAACCAGCCCAGUCCCCGAAGCAGAAACAGUAGUUCAGUUCAGUACCCCACCUACAUGGGGACUGGGGAGUGCCAACUACCAAGUGUGGUCCAUAUGUUUCUAAACUCAUGAAGCCACUCCAUAACCAAAAAGGCUCGUCCUUUAACGCGGUCACCAGUCCUCCACUAAGUCUCAGCUCUUCAAUCUCCAAAGUUGUUCUCUCUCAUGUACAAACCAUUUCGUGCUAUUUACUCAUUUUGCUUGCUUUUGCCUGCUCAAUGACCUUUGGAUUCUUCAUUGUUUCUACAGAAACAAAGAAUUGAAAAACAAAAUGAGCAAUAAAAGCAAAGCAUUUAUCUCAUAAACAAACAAAAGCAGGUGGAUAAUUAAUAACUUCCCUUUUCUGGGUUUUAUUUUCCACAUGCUACUCUAUUUUCUUUUUAUCUCUUAACUGAACCCGUCAAGAGCUGUGUGGUUAAGCAAAUGGGAGAUACGUGUAAGGAUUGUAGGAGCUGGGAAGAGGAAAUCUUUUGGACCCAUUUUCACUCUAUUCAUUUCUCUCAAUUUCUCCGUGGUGAUUAUCUUCAGCGGUUGGAAAUACCAGAAAAGUUUGCUAAGAAUAUCAAGAAAAAGCUUCCGGAAACUGUGACUCUUAAAGGUCCUAGCGGUAUCAUAUGGGAUGUAGGACUGACAACGGAUGAUGAUACCUUGUUCUUCGAUUGUGGAUGGAAAAAUUUUGUAAAAGACCAUUUUUUGGUAGAGGAUGACUUUUUGAUCUUCAAGUACAAUGGACUGUCCCAUUUUGAUGUGCUGACGUUUGAUGGCCAGAGCUUGUGUGAGAAGGCAUCUUCUUAUUUUGUGAGGAAGUGUGUGCAUACAGAAUUUGAUAGUGGAUACCAAACAAAAAGAAAGGUGAAUGAAAAUCCUGAUGAAAUUGUGCACAACUCUUCACAGUGUGGUCUUGAAAGCAGUCCAGAAAAAUCUACUAACAAUGACAUUGACACGAGGCCAUCAAGACAACCUAUCAAAUCUGCAGCUACUAGUAAGAAGAUGCGAAAUGUGGGUUCUCCUAGUAGGUCCUUCCGUGCUAGGCAGAGCCUUGGAGGCAAAGAACUUUCUACCCUUGCUGGAGAAGUGAAGGUCAAAACUGAGUUUGAACAUACAACGAUGGAUGGAGAUGUCUUUAGCCCUCAGCAUGCAUUGGGCAAAUGGCCUGUGACUCAAGUUGAGAAAACAAAUGUCCUCUUAAUGGCACAAGAAGCAUUAACCAAAGAAGGUUUUAUGGUGGUUAUGAAGCCCACACAUGUAGGGAGACGGUUUUAUAUGGCAGUACCUACUGCAUGGGUGGCUAAAUAUCUCUCAAAAGAAAAUGCAGAUGUGAUUCUUCGGGUUAACAAGCGUACAUGGAGGACUAGAUUUUAUUAUCACAGAAGCCGAGAUUGUGGGGGGCUUUCUGGUGGUUGGAGGAAUUUUGUGAAUGACAACAAAUUAGAAGAACAUGAUGUGUGUGUAUUUGUGCCGGCCGAUAUAGAAAGAAAACCAAUCGUCCUGGAUGUCAACAUCUAUCAUGUUCUCCAAGGAGCAGUUCCUCUGAGCCAAGUAAACCCCACCUAGUGCUAAAGGUUGUCCCAAAAUGCUCGGAGACAAUUAUCUCGUAGCAUCUCCCAGACAUGAACUUGCAACUCAGUCGUGGCAUGUUUGACAUGUUGUAGUUUUGAAAUGAAGUUAAUCUGCUUUACUAAUAGCCUAAUGGAAACUCAACCAGGUUGUAAUUAUAUAUGUUCUGAUGGUUAAUGUUCUGUCACUUAUCUCUUUCCAUUUAAGUGAGCUUUGUUGCUAGACUGGUUUGAUUGUAACCCAUGUUGCUGUUUACCAAACCUCUUCUCUAAUCUUUGGUGGAGCCCAACUCUUAGCAUGCGAAACUAAACUAUCUUUCUACCACCAUUGUGGAGCCUGUUGUACCUCUAUUGUUGGUUCUGUACAAUUUUAUCCAGCAAAUUUUUCUUGUAAAAUGUAAGUAAAAGGAACUCAAAUAGUUUUGAGUUCAGCUGUCUUUUCCCAGCAACGGUAACUUGCGCAGUGGUAAGCUGUGGCAGCAAAACCCGAUAGAGAACACCCAAAGUGGUUUACAUUGGAGGAAUAAAUUCCUGUGGAGGUCUCAAAGAACACAACAAUGCCGUUUCUCUUUGGCUGCAGCGAG